AUGGCGCCAUUACUGGGCAACUGGGAUAGAGACGCCACCCAGUCUUCUCAGACGGAAAGCACAGAGGCUUCUCAGAAAAGCAUUCUCUACAUUGAUGCGUACGAUUCUUUCUCCUACAAUGUGGUGGCAAUGCUGGAGGAGACGCUUGGCGUCACAGUCACCGUGAUGACCAUUGAUUCCGACUGGCCAGAUGGCAAUAUGCAUGAAUUUCUUCGCCACUACGAAGCCAUCGUUCUGGGACCCGGACCUGGCAACCCCAAUCUAGCUAAGGAUGUCGGUAUCAUGAAAGAUAUCUGGAAUCUCCAAGAUACCGAAAUGCUUCCGGUUUUUGGCAUCUGCCUCGGGUUCCAGAGCUUGUGCCUCCAUCACGGUGUUCCCAUUGAACGUCUUCCAUACCCACUUCAUGGCCAAGUGCGUCAUAUUUCGACAGCUUCGAGAGAUAUUUUUGAGAACCUUCCCACGGUGGAGGUUACCCUCUAUCAUUCCCUUUACGCUAAUGUGAACGCUCCCGCGCGGUCUUUGGAUCAUUCAGCGGAUGACCUUGAUUUUCUGGCAUGGUUGUUCCUUGAUACAGAUUCGUUUUCAACCACUAAAAUACCAAUGGCUGUUCGGCAUCGCAAAAAGCCUUUAUGGGGAGUUCAGUUUCAUCCGGAGUCAUGCAAAUCAGAGAGAGACGCAUGCAGAAAUUUGCUGCAAAAUUGGUGGCAGAUGGCUCUCGCAUAUAACAAGAUCGUUCAACGCGGAGGCUACGGUACUCUUCCAGAAACCAUAAUCACUCCUCAUGAAGAUACCAAGUCCUUCCCGGAUAUCGCAUACGAAAUGCUGAGAUGGAGCUCCUCAACUUCGCCAUCUUCGGCAUACAGGUCUCUGGAACUGGGCAACCUGACCGCGGAAGCUAUAAGUGAAUUGUUUAAUCAGCCGGGUGCACCCACAGUACUGUUCCAGUCAAACGGGCAAUAUCACAUCAUUUCUGUGCCUAGCCCGGGGUCCUGGCGGUUAGAAUAUGAUACCGAAGUGGAAAAAUUGACUAUGCGUCAACUCAGUGACGAAUCUCAAUUUACUGAGAAAUCCCUCGCUGUGACCCAGUUGUGGGAUGCUCUUCGAUUUUUGAUGGAAAUGAAGAAGGUCAACACUGGAAAUAUCCAAGUUCCGUUUUGGGGCGGAUUCCUCGGUUACUUCUCCUAUGAGCUCGGUUUGUCUUGCCUUCCACAUCCACCAAAGAGAUCAACGCAACAGCCUCAUCGCAGUCCCUCUAUGCAAGACGUGCCGGAUGUCAGUCUCCUAUGGUGUGAAAGAAGCAUCGUCAUUGACAACAGUGCUGGUGUUGUGAUCAUUCAAUCUACGUGCGAAUCUGACAACAUACCAUGCGGUUGGCUUGAUGACACACUUCAACUAUUACAAGAAAAGUCCGGAAUUUCAGAUGCUGAACUCAAUGAUGAUGUGCAAUUCUUGGAUCCCAUCCUUUGCAAUGGCCAAAUCUCGUUUCCUGAGGAGGCGAGCUAUAAGCAACAAAUUGAAGCUUGCCAGGCCGAGUUGAGAGCGGGUGAAUCUUAUGAAUUGUGUCUCACCUCAGAGACAUCGAUUACACUACCUUUCCCAUCUACAAAGGCCGGUAGAGUCGUUUUUCCAUGGAAGCUGUACAAGCGGUUGAGGAAGUACAAUCCCGCAGCAUUCAGCGCUUUUGCAGAUCUAGGAAAUGCCAAGGUCGUGAGCAGCAGUCCGGAAUGUUUCUUAAACUGGGACCGGGAAUCAAUGCUCGAAAUGAAGCCUAUGAAAGGCACGGUUCACAAGUCGCCGGAGAUGACGAUGGAGAAAGCUCGUGAAAUUUUGGGUUCAACGAAAGAAAUGGCCGAGAAUUUGAUGAUUGCAGACCUCAUUCGACACGACCUCUAUGGUAUUUGCGGAUCAGGUGGAGUCCAUGUUGAGAAGCUUCUUGAGGUCGAGGACCAUGGCCGAGUUUACCAAAUGAUUACACAUGUCAAGGGUGAGGUCCGCCCACAGCAACUUGGGUACGCCGUUCGGCAUAUGCCCCAGCUAAAGUCUUCCAACAUGGCUGUCCAUGGUCUGACAGCUCUUCAACGAUGCUUGCCUCCCGGUUCUAUGACAGGCGCGCCAAAGGAGCGCUCAUGUAUGCACCUUCGGAACAUUGAGGGUCGCAAACGAAAUAUUUACUCAGGGGUAAUGGGUUACCUGGAUCUCGGUGGGGGUGGAAGCUUUUCGGUCUUGAUCCGCACUGCUUUUGCUUCUUUUCCGAAUGAGGAGCCUGCCGAAGACGAACGUCAAAUUUGGCGUAUUGGAGCUGGCGGUGCAGUCACCACGCUUAGCACGCCUGAGGGUGAAUGGCAGGAAAUGCUGACCAAGCUGCGUACUGUCUGCAAUGUCUUUACUCCAUCAGAUCCCAACUAG